AUGAGGAUAACGAAGAAAAAUGCAAGGUUAGGAGCGAUGGGAGAGUUUAUUUUUGGUGCUGCUGUUCUGGUUUGGGUAGCAAAGGGAACCGAAGACACAGUGCGCCAAUCUCUUACGAGAAAUCAACCACCCUUCCCAUCCCGACCACCCUCUCAAACUGAUCAUCCCGACCAUCCCCUUACAAGAUUCACAACCAUCUACUGUUUCUGUGGAAUAAAGCAUGUCACGACAAGGAAGAUCUGCAAAGUAUGUCAGACAUAUGUAAACCAGACAGCCUCACCUCAUUAUAAAUGUCAACCGUGCGGAUUUGUCAUCCAUGUUGAUUGUGUAUGUUUUUCUCCGGAAGCUUACCAUACUUCCCAUCGUCAACACCCAGUCAACUCACUUAAAUGUCAAGUCCCUGAUUAUGCUGACAAGAAGUGUCUUCUUUGCGCUAAAAUUUUUGAUAAACAACAUCAUCAACUUCACCACUGUGAUGUUUGUAACUUGAGCAUAUGCAGAGCAUGUAUGAAAGACCCACCACCGGUUCAUGUUGAAUGUCUGAAGACCCAUGAGCAUCAACUUCAUCUUGUUCCAAGACGCAUCAAUUUCACUUGCAAUGCUUGUGGUACGCAAGGUGGCCAGAGCCCUUAUUUCUGUCUUCUAUGCAAUUACAUGAUUCAUCGAGAGUGUAUUGACUUACCGUGUGUCAUAAACAUAAACCGUCAUGAUCACCACAUCUCUUACACGCCUCGCCUUGGACAUGGAGAGUGGAAAUGCAAAGUUUGUCAUGAAAAAAUAGAUGGGUUCUAUGGAGCUUAUACUGUUGGAAUUGUGAAAGCUCAUGUCCAACUCUUUAUUAUCCGAUUAGUACGAUAUUUUCCAAUUUGGGCCUAAAGGUCUCGUACUAAUUAGAGUUGGACAUCUCUUUAUAUAUCAGACACUUUUUGUCUAAUUCUUCAACAUGAGACUUAGUUUGUUAUGUCACAUAUACUUGCGCCAAAUGUCAUGUUUUUUGCUGUUUAUUCAUGAUGUGC